AUGAUUUUCCUCCUCGUUCUGUCGAUUCUGAUCAUUGGUACGGUGGUAGCGCCGCACCCUGACCAGGGCAUUUCGGGGCUGCCUACGAACCAAGACGUGUACAACACUGCGUACUUCCACAGGCUUUCGCAGGUUCACGCGUACGUGGGCACCCCUUCCAUCACUGCACCCCUUUCGCCCCCUUGGCCCGAGCAUGAACAGACCUGGCAGAUGCAGCGCUACGUCAACUUGCUGCACCAGCACGAGGCGUACAUCGACCCCGAGGCAGGCCGCCAUCUCGAUCGUCUGCGCAAAAACGCAAUUUGGCUAUACAAUCACCGAGACAGCUCGCACAUCUCAGCACACCAACGUAAGCUCCUCACUCCUUUCCUCUUUGGUCGUGGCGGAAAGACUGACGCGCGGUUUGUGUUAGGCUCAUUUGUGGCGGCCAUGGAGGAGGCCGGUGAACAGGCUAAGCAGGAUCUGCAGGCUGCACUGCACCCUGUCAAUGUGCGUGCCCAGCAUGUCGAACCCCUUCGUAGGCUCGCCGCCAAGCUCACCAUCACCCUCAACGCGAUCGAGGGCGAUCUUCUGAACCACCUGCUCUCCGGGCUGAGCGUGGACGAAUGGACGAGGUUCAACCAUGCUCAUAUGCUGCUGUCUACUGAAAGGGAGAUGCUCACCCUCGCUGCCGACAGGUACGCCUCGCACCUGCCGCGCCUUGGUCUGUAA